GUUGCUGCUGCUGCCUGGGGCUUCAAUUCCUCUCUCUCUCUCCCCUCCCAUGGCGUCACUGUCGCCUUCUCCUACGCGAAUUGAGAGGACAGCUUAGCUCGAUGGAUCCGGCGACGCGGGCGGCGGCGGCGGCGGUGGAGAAGGUGUUCGUGGCGCUGCCGGCUGAGAAGGGGAAGACGACGCUGUCGUGGGCGCUCGGACAUUUCCGCGGCAGCGGAGCCAAGCUCGUCGUCACGCAUGUGCAUGUGCCGCCGCAGACGAUCCCCGUCAUGGGAGUUCAGUUUCAUGUUAGUAACGUGAGUCCGGAGCAAGUAAGCUUGUUCAGAAGAACUGAGCGUGAAAGGGUGAAUAAGCUUUUAGACGAAUACGUCCAUCAAUGCUGGAAAAUGAAGGUCAAAUGUGAGAAACUAGUCAUUGAGAAAGAAGAUGUUGUAGCUGGUCUUCUUGAACUUAUUGCCUCUCAUGGCAUCACCAAGUUAGUAAUUGCAGCUGCUGCAGACAAGCACUACUCAAGAAAGAUGGACAAACCAAAGUCCAAGAUAGCAACAGAAAUCAUGCAGAGAGCUGACGCAUCAUGCCAGAUUUGGUUUGUGUGUAAGGAACAGCUAAUCUGUACCAGGGACAAGAAAGUAGAAACCACACAAUCAGUUACACCUCUCAGCCAACUUUUCAAGAUUGAUACUCCUCCCAGCCCUGAUAUUGGUCAGACCAUUCUGCAACCGUCAGCUGAACAGGAACAGAAUGACAAUGAGAUGGAAUUGGGGUUUUCUGAUGAGCUCAAUGAUGCACGCGUAGCAGCUGAGAACUUGAUGGAGAGAGCUUUAAGCGAAUCUUUGAGGCGCCAGAGAGCAGAUGAACAAGUGGUUUCAUCUCUUCAGAAAGUCAAACAAUUCGAGGAGUUGUACUUGGAGGAGGUGAAAAGGAGGAAAGAAUUGGAAGGAGCUCUUGUCAAAGCAAACUUAGAACUUACACGGUUAAAACAAGAAAUGGACAUACCUAGGAAUCACCAGAGCACAAUCUUGGGGGAUCGACAAGAAGUGAUUACCGAUAAAUUUAUCUUGAGACAACAAACUGUCGACAUGAAGAGUGAUUUCGGAGCCACAGGACAACUAAUCAAGCCACAGCAGGAGUAUCUUCAGUUACAUCCUGACCAUGACAAUGGUGUCAGACAACCGGAAACGUUGCUACACCGAAGGAGCCUGACUGCAUUUUCUCCAGCAUCAACUGUACCAUCACAGUUUGAUAAAGACUCCAUUCCUUCCCACUUCAUCUGCCCGAUUUCUCAGGAGAUCAUGAGGGAACCCUGCAUUGCAGCAGACGGGUUCACCUAUGAAGCUGAAGCGAUCAUCAAUUGGUUUGAUGAAGGGCACGAAGUGUCUCCCAUGACCAAGCAGCCUCUUGUGCACCGCGACCUGAUCCCAAACUUUGCUCUUCGUUCUGUAAUCCAAGAUUAUACAAGGAGAAAACAGUAUUCAUUUUCCUGAUGCUAUUUGCUCCUUUUCCCCUUCUCUGACUCACUCAAUUUUUUUUGUGAAUAUUGUUGUGGGUGACAUCGCACUGACAAAUGGAUUCAGCUGAAAGCAACAGCAUUUUUAAACAGUUGUCAUGUGUUGUUUGUUUUGAGCUGUCAGCUAGUGCAGCAACAGAGAUGCUGUGUUGAUGACC